AUGUUCGGUUAUGUUUCUGUGUCUUUGAACGCGCUGCUUGUGUUUUAUCUCUCUCUAUCGGCGUCUGUAAUCGCUGCCGACCAAGACGGACUGAUCAAUGGAGAGUCCAAACGAAAAGGCUACUCCAAAGGAGAGCUUAUACCGGUCAGCUGUUUGAACAGAACGAUUGACACUGGCGAACAUAUCACCGAUGACCACGGAAAUUUACAAUAUAUACCCUUCCCAACGUGUAAUGAGACGAACCAACCCCUUUCGUUCGAGUACAACGUACCGCAGACACAGACCUGCACGAUCGACGCGCUGCCAGACGAGCUCUACCAUCUCCUCGAAUUCUUCGUCCACAGCGACGUCCCCUUGACGUGUCGCGUUCCGUCAUACCCAUUGGACCAGGAAGAGCUUGGGAUCAUAUCUUCAGUUCGGGGUGCUGGCGGUGCCGGUGCGGGCGCGGAUAAAGGACUCUGGACGCCCUUCACGAUCGCACUGCAAGGCACGUUGCAGCUAUCGCACCUACACCUCCACACGACUAUAAAUGCCUUGUUCCACAUGUCGCAGGAUCCGGAUGCGGCAAAGACCGCCUCACCAUCGCAGUCGUACCUGAUUGCCUCGACCGCAUACUCGCUUCCAAACUCGUCAUCGUCCGCGCCAUUCGAGGGCUCCAAGAUUGUGCGCAACGAGCCAUUAGUGCUUACUUUCAAUGUCGGCUGGGUCGAUGGCGCGGUCUUACCUGGAAUGGUAGGGAGACCUGUCAUGAAAGUGACGGACCACAGCAUCGGCUUUUCGCUGUUGAGCUUCUUUGCUCUGGCUGCUAGUGCUGGCGUUGGGGCUAUGGCCAUGCUUGUGUACGAGCGGAGGAAGAGUGGCAGGAGUGGCAUUUACGGCAACGGGAUAUUGGGGGGCAAUGUGGGCAAUGGCGUGCCGCGGUCGUCCGGUUACGGUGGUUACGGAGGAUAUACAAGCAGCUUUGGGAAGAGGGACUGA